AGGUAUGUAGGUAAUUUACUAAAUCAGUAUUGGCAACAUUGUUACCAUUUGUCAAAUCAUUAUUUAUUUUUGCGAUAAUCAGAAAGUAUUGUUUAAUUUUUUCUUUUUUCAGUUUGUCAUGAAGUGUUUUUUCAUCGAUGGCAAUCAAAAAUGAAAAUAAUGUGAAGGGUGGAAUGAAGCAAAUAGUUUCGAUAUUUUAUUACAUUCUCGCCUUGGGCACUUUAGCUAAUGGGUAUAAAAUAAGUCUUGUGAAUGAUGGUCCCAUUGUAGCGGGAGCUACUAUUAACUUCACUGUCAGUGUUUUCGAUGAAGAUGCCUUAGCAACUGGCAUAAAUCUCAAAUAUGCCUGGGAAGAUGAAUCAAUACAUCAUCAUACCAGACUGGCUGAAAAUCAGAAUGCAACAGAUUCUUGGGUGAUUACCUAUAACGCCAGUGUCUACCCAUUUGGACAUUAUGUCGUGCAAGUGGUUAUUGAGAAAUGUGUCAUGUGGGAUGCAUUUUGUUUUGAAAUCGGCUCUGCUAGAACGGAAUUCGAAAUCACAGAAACACUCAAUGGAGCUCUGAAGUUGAAUCAGAAUAACAAAACAAGAUCUAAUGACUUUGUGUCAAAUGCAGAAACAGUUAUUCAUGAAGUAGAUCUGAAAAAAUCAGACCUAGAUUACGUCAAAACAGCUCCUACCGUUCUGACUUAUUGGUUUGUUGACUGCACGUACUACGGAAUUACAACUGAUUUUAAAUUUGCUUACAAUUAUACUGUGGCAGAUGAAAUUCACUUUGUUGAAGCUCUUGUAAUGGCAGAUUUCACUCCUAUUCCUCCAACAACCACAGUAGCGCCUAGUACUACUACUGUGAAACCUAAUAGUACCACUGUGACACCUGCUACUACAACAAUCCAACCAAAUAGCACAACUAUAAAACCUAUCACUACAUCUAUACCCACAACAAUUAGCCCAAAUGUCACCACGACAUCUACCUCAAAAUCUGUAGCUAGAAGAAGUAUUGACAAUUCGGCCAAGAAUAAUAACGUAACUUCCAAAAUUUCCACAUUAGUCGAUGGCAAGUUGGUUGCCUAUAAUGGUUCAUUUCCCUUUGUUUGUAAUGGAUCACAGUUGACUUCCAGUUCAAUGAAGACUUUUGGACACUUUUUCAAAAAAAUUGAAGUAAAAGCACCUUUAUCUAAUGUUAAUGGAAAUGGAAAUAAUUGGAUACAACCUGGAGAUCUUUUAUCAUUAAAAGUUAGUUGCACUGGCUCAAAAAAUAUUGACUAUUGCGUGAACUAUCUCAGAGGAGAAUAUAAUGUAACUGGAAAUGAAACUUGUGGGAUUUACGAACGCCUGGAUACUUGCAGUUUUCGAAUAAAACGUUAUUUGUGGCAUCCCAAAACUACCAUUCUUAUAAUUAUCAAAAAUGAAGUUAGUAAAAUAGUGACGCCAGUUACAGUCAACAUUUAUAAAGUUAAUAAACAACCCCAGUUGUCCGUUAUUGUUGUUCCAGUAGUGUUUACUUUAGUUGCAGUUGUAUUAAUUGUGUUUGGAGUUGCUUACUACAUCCAAAAUAGGUCUCGGUUCAUUAUAGAAGUUGCAGAUUUCAAUUUUGGGCAACAAUAUAGUGACAUGGAGUAUAAGACUUUUCGAGAAAGACUUCGAGAUUCUUUUGCAUAUGCUUUCUCUCGAGGACCUAACCAUGGUUCUUCUGAAGUUCCAGUAUGGCCUCCUGGUCAAAAAUAUGGUAGUAUGACAUGAAAGUAUGAUGUAUCAGUGAUAUUGUAGAUUAUUUAGCAUUUCUGUCAAUUUCUCAAAUAUUUGCUUACCUUAAGUAAAGUGUAUGGGUAGAAUAUUUCUAUUACCAUUAUAUGAAGCAGUUCGACGUGAUGACUUUGAAGACAGACGUUCCCAAUCAAGAAGCCUACCAAUUUUUUUUGCUGCUGGCAGUAAAAUAAUAAACAUCCGUUGACUAUUUAGUAGUUUUAUAAUUUUUGACAGGAAUGGUAUUUUGUGAUUUAUAAUGUACCUUUAUUUUUAUAUCAUUCUCUUUGUGGAAAGUACUGAAGCUGGAUAGCACAUAUGUUAUAUACUCAAUACUACUGUAUAAUUUCUUCAUUUAGCUACUGUAACAUGAUUAAAAACAAUUAUCAUCGCUUUAAUCAUGAAGGAACUAAGAAAUUCAGUGAAAUACUCUAGUAGUGCAUAUCUAUUGUGUACUUAUGUUGAAAAAUUAUCCUUUCUUGAAUAUUUGAAUCCCUUUAAAAUCACUGCUAAGAUUUAUUUUUGCUUUCAGAGAUAAAGAAGUUAUACAGUAUUCAAGUAAUUUUGUAGUUUUGUAUACCCUUUUUUCUUGUUGAAGUAUGUGAUUAUUCGAUAAAUACUUAUUCUGAA